AUGGGUAUCCCACCAGGUCCCCUUGAGAUUCAAAUUCCCAGGACUGUGUUUUAUGUUGCAGAAGAAAUGGUGGAGAGAAAAAAGGCUGCAGGUCAAAGCGAUGAGGGGGAAGACUGGGAAGCAGGACAAGGGGUGGAGAGGAGGGAUAGUUGGAGGAUCGGAAAACCCUUGAGCCGCAUCGAGUCCCUGCGAGAGAAAAUUAGACAAAGAGAGUUAGAGAGGCAGAGACAAAGAGAGACACAGGAUAGAGGCGGGAGCGAGGCUGCAGAGAUCAGUGAUACUCAGACAGCUGGGGACAGGUAUGAUGAGAGGGGAACUGAGAUAGAGCAAGAAUGGGAAGCUGCAGCUCAUUUGCGGAAGAGGCUGGCUGAAUCUGAGAAGAGACAGGAAGACGCAGCAGCAGAGACAUCCAUGGCUGCAUUUGACGUCAAGCAGGAAGUCAGCAUGUUGAAAACCUGCCCUCAGUUUCCUGUUUCUGUCCCACACUCACAAGCUGUCAGAGGAGAGGAAGUAACAAGCGGGUAUGCUACUGCUGCCUCCGAAGUUAUCUCUGACAGUUCUAAGAUAUCUGACGAUGAAGACGACCCCCUGAAACAUGUGGAGGAGCAGCUGAGGUGCCACAGGGGCCGACACGAGAGGAGAGAAGAAGAGGAGGAGGAAGGAAAGGAACUGUCAGAGGAGGAGGUAGAGGAAUAUACAUCACCGAUCGAUCCCACACAAUCUCUAUCCCCUUCGCCCCCUCAUCCCAACUCACUCGCAGCCAUGAGCCGGAUCUACAACUUGGAAACUGUUGGCUCAAGGUCAGGUUUGUGUCUGAGGGACAGGACUGUAGAAACCCCAACAAUGCACCUCGUUAAAGUGAAGCCCCUAAUAUCAAAUGCACAGCAGGGGGACAGCAAAGCUUUAACAGGUGAAGACAUUUGUGGGGUUCAGACGAUACAACGACAGAUAGAGCAGUUUCAGCUGAAAGAACAGGAAGCGCUGAAGUCUUGUGCAUCACCAAACAGUUCUCUUAAGGACAAAGAGACAAAAAGGCAGCACAGCCCCAGAGGAAUGUUAAAGUACCAGGUAAAGGACGAUGUCAAGACCCAGGAGAAGGAUCAGUCAGAACCAAACUACAAACUGUCGCCUCAGUGUGUUAGUUCUUCAACAUCUCAGCUCAAACAAACUAUCACCGUCAACCCCUCAUUUCUCAGGAGCCAAUCCCCGGACAAUCCUGUGAAACCCUCUGAUUGUGCCCCAACCCCAGCCUCCUCCCCGAGCUCCCCAUCUCCUGCCCAGUCCCCAAGUGUCUCUCCAUCACCCACCCCAUCACCCACACUCUUCUCCAUCAGGAGUGCCUCUGGGGGCAUAGUGAAGAGAGGCGCCACCAUCACAAUUAGCCCAAAAAGGCAUACUGCCAGAGGAGGAGGAACAACAGGGUCUACAACAGGGUCUGCAACAGGGUCUACAACAGGGUCUGCAACAGGGUCUACAACAGGGACAACACCAGCAGGAUCAACACCAGCAGGGUCAACUCCCUCAAAGACCCCAUCGCAGCAGGCCCAGAUAACCCCUGCUGUGGCCGAGCCAAUGAAGAAGAAGUUCCCCACAGUGGAGGAGAUUGAGGUGAUCGGUGGAUAUCAGAAUCUGGAAAAGUCUUGUCUGGUCAAAAACAAAGGGACCCCAAAAAGGGUUAAGGUGUGUUUCAAUGAAGACCAGCUGGAGCAGGUGUGUGAGUACCCGUCCGAGACCUCCAUGCUGGUGUCUACCCCCUACCCUCAUGACCUGUGGAAACUGGAGAGGGUGCAGGGAGAUGGGGUCCAGGAGGACGAAACUGAAGUGGAGGGAGGAGCAAUUGUGUCCAAGAGCACAAAGAACGUUGGGACUGUAACAGGACGGGGUCUAAGAGUGGAUGAGUCUUGCCCUCGGUCAUCUUCGCCAAAAUUGCCCAUGUGAUGAGAUCACCCACAUUUUGUUGAACCAUAUUAUGUGAUUUUUAAUAUGUUUUGUUUAAUUUGAAUAAUUUACUUGAGUGUUGAAGUGAGUGUUUUGUAAUCUUUGUGGUGUUUUGUAGUAAUUAGCAUCAGAAUGAAUGAUUGUUGUGGAAGAAAUGUACAGUUCAGUUUGAUUUGAUUUAUGCAGUCGUAAAAGAGACAUAAUUGUGUUUAAUGGGGAAAAUAUAUACCCUAGUUUAUUUUCAGGGUAACUGAGGGAUAAAUGUGAAUGUAUUAAUGGCACAUAUUGUAAAAUUAUUAUAAAAGACCCUCAGGUGUGCCCUGUUGGGCGAUGAAAGAUCACUUGUCUAUGCAAUAUAAUGAAACUGAUAAGAUUUUAUUUUUUAGUUAAUGUAUUUGAUAGUUUAUUUUAUGCUAAUUACUUUCUAAAUUUAAGUCAGCACAGAAGAAUGAUGUUGAUAUCAUCUGGUUUCAUGUGCCUGCUGGAUUUGCCCAUUCAGAUGAUAUAAAAAAAUCAGUUCAUAUAGAAAUUUGACUUUUCUUGUCUGAAGCCUUUCAGAAAAUCCUCCUCUCAGUGGAUGUUGUGUUGAAUGUUGCAGGAACGGGUUUUGGUGCAAUGUGUGAGGUAUACAGGUCCUUGUCAUAUGUGGGGUUUAACAAUGAAGGUAUGGUUUAUUUGUUUUUUGUGAUUUUUUUGCCAUGUAGAAGUGGAGAGGGCUGUGUGAGUGGAAAUCCCUGAGAGGAAGAAGAGUUUAUAACAUAAACAAUUAAAAUACCAGAUUAACUUCGGCAGAUUACUGCUGCUAUGUUUAUAAUAUAAUCUACACAAAAUAUUUCUUGUUUGUAAAUGAACAUUUUAAUUGGUAAAAGGAGAUGUAUAUUAUGCAAAUUAUGUAGCUUUUCAAAUUAUUUUUUUUUCUAUGACAGUUGAAGAAGCUGGCUUCAAGAGAAAAAAAAAAUCUAAUAAACAAUUCUGAA